UCCGCCAUGAACGCCGAGAACGCUGCCGCCGCCGAACAGCUGAGCGCCUGUGAGCGCGCCGCGCUUGACCAGUUUCGAGCCGCAGUGGCCGAUCUUUCACCGCCAUGUAGAGAAGACUGGUACCUUCUCAAAUGGCUACGAGCCAGGAAAUUUGACCUGGACGACGCAAUGAAAAUGCUGCGAGAGCACAUCGCUUGGAGGAAGAAGUACCAAGUGGAUACUUUUCUGGACGACUACAAAGUACCUGAAGCAGGUUUGCUCGAGGCAGCAUCACGCAGCGACUUCAUACGUCACCUCAUUUACAUUCUUGAGACGCAAGAGGAGCUCAAGAGGCGAAUUUCACUGCAGAAUGGAGGCCGCCGUGUGGAGACAAUGUACGUUGUGAUAGACAUGGAAGGGUUCUCCUUCUGGCAACUUUCAUCGAUUGAAGUGGUGUCUACGAUCACUGAAGCCGUGCGAAUAUACGAGGCCAACUAUCCGGAGAUUCUCGAAGUAGCCUACGUCAUCAACGCCCCGAGCUUGUUUCCCAUGCUGUGGAACAUCGUCAAGCCACUGUUGUCUCCGAGGACUAUAAGCAAGGUUAAUAUCUUCGGAAAGGAUGGCUGGAAAGAUGUACUGGCUGCGCGAUUCGACGUGGAGAGUCUUCCCGCUCACUGGGGCGGUCGCCUGAGAGGACCUGACGGCGAUGCACGCUGCAGGCAUCUGAUCUGUCCAGGAGGUCCUGUUCCGGAGAAGUACCGAAGAAAAUGGUGCGGAACCGAAGGCACUCGCUCGUGUACCGUCGGAGCCGGUUGCUGCUGGUCCCUCCCGGUUUCAGUGGAUCACGCUGGCUCCGAGCUGCGAUGGAAGUUCAACACAGCGUCUGGCGACGUGGCAUUCUCCGUGCGGUUCCGGCCAUUCAGGAAUACCGCGGAUGGCGAGAAAGAGACACGUGACCUGGUGGUCGCCAAGAGACUUCCCUCCUCCAAUAGUGAGCCCCACAGAGGACGUCUCUGUUGCAACGAGCCCGGAACUUAUGAGCUUGUAUUCGACAACUCCUUCAGCUGGCUGACUCGCAAGGAGCUGAGUUACAGCGUGGAACUGCUGCCUUCAGAUGCACAGCGAAAGAAGCCAGACGACGUCGCGAGAGAAGUCAAGGAUUGAGGCCACCCUCGGGUCGAACGCGCGCCUUGUACAUACACACGAAGAGCUUUUCU